AAGAAAACUGGAACUAAUUUUAUGUCUUUUAUUUUCCUUUUCUUCUGAAUUGUGACCAAAACAGCCUAUCUCUGGAGCGAAACAACACGCUGUUUUCCCACAAUACGCGGCCUCGGCCCCAAAAAUAAGCGUCGUAAUCCCUUUCCGAUCGUCUUCGGUUAAAAGGGUAUCUUCCUCGAAACACUGGUGAUCACCGAAGAUUUUUGAGAGAAUGAUUGUUCGUAUUCGUUAUCACUUUUGAUCGUUCAAUCUGGCACGAGGAAGGCUGAGUUAUAUUAUACUGGCAUCAUGAAGUUCAAAGAAGGCGAUAGGGUGGAGGUGUUGAGAAGUAAAGAGGAGCAGUAUGGUUCUUGGUUUCCUGCUAAAAUUACCUCGCUAAAUGGAUACACAUAUACUGUAAGAUAUGAGUUGUUUCAUAGUUCCGAUGGGAAGCCUGUGGUGGAAACAGUGCAUGAGGGGGACGUUAGGCCUUCCCCACCGCCACAGGAUCGCAGAGAGCUUCGUUUGGUUGUUGGUGGCAUAGCUGAGGUGGUUGAUCUCUGCGCUUGGAGAGUUGGGAAGGUCAUGAAAGUCAUAAAAGAAGAUCGCAUUGUGAUCAAACUCUUUGGUUCCAUCCAACUUCAAGAACACAGUGUGUCUGACCUAAGAGUUCCACAAGCUUGGCAGAACAACCAAUGGCUUAUGAUUGACAUGGGAAUCAAAGGGAAGCAAUUUGGCUGUGAUUACAUCCCAUCUAGCUCCAAUUCUGCAAGAAAAUUGGAUUGUGGUGCAAGUCAAGGCAUUGACAAACAAGCUUCACCUGGACAGAGAUGUAAGCAAAAGCGUGUCAGCUGCAAUUCGCCUAUCAAAGCUGGGAAGAGGAAUCUCAACUCUCACUGUGGCUUCUCUCCUGUUAAUUUAGUGGGAGGAACCAAAUGGAAAAGGAAAUCCAGCACAGACAAAUCAAAUAAGUUAUCUACAAGAUCACUGCCUAAAAAGGUAGAUUGUGUCUCUUUCUCGAAAGAUAUAGUUGCUGAGCAUUUCCUGCACAAAUCCAAUAAAGAUCGAACCACCACAUUUCCUCAGAUGAAUGCUGACAAGGGGUUCACUGACAAUCACGUCGUGAAUUCAUCUUCAAUACCUUUGGCAGUCACUGAAGAGGAUAUUGAAUGCUCUGUUGCUAGUUGCAGUGGUAAUGAGUAUCCAGGAUAUAGUUAUCAAAAUCUCAGAGAACACCGUAAAGAUACUGCAUUGGAUAGUUUUGAUGAUGCCAUAUCAUCAUGCCCAAUAGAAGGGAAAGAGUAUCAAAGCAAAUCUGGAGAUGAAUUAGCUGCCAAUGUCCAUGAAUUAGAGCUACAAGCAUACCAAUAUACUAUGCAAGCUUUGCAUGCCUCUGGUCCCUUGAGUUGGGAGCAGGAAUCACUUCUAACAAAUCUUCGUCUCUCUCUCAAUAUAUCUAAUGAAGAACAUUUACUUCAUCUGAGGCACCUGUUAUCUGCUUAAGUUCUCUGUUCAGGAUCAUAGAAUUCGUAGGUACGUUUUAAACUUCUGUGAAGAUCAUUUCCAGAACUGGCAUUUAGAUAGUUUCAAUCUGUUUAUAGUGAACGGUUAUACUGUCGAUAAGAAUGCUGGAGUUUCUGGAAAGCAGUUCUUUUCUAGACUCUUGUUGUAACAUAUAUGUAGAUAUUUUUUUAUCUAGCAUUAAUCGCUGGUUCUUGCAAUAAGCUGAUAUUUUCUGUUUCUAAAGUGGAAUUUAAUGCAGAGCAAUUUGUGUUG